AUGACUGACAAGCAGUUUGCAGAGGGUGAUAACAAUCAACAGAAUGUGGAACGUACAAAUUUGAUAGCCAAUGGCGAAAAUCAUCCGAUAGUCCAGGCAGAUGCCAUCCCAGAUUCAAAUAUUGAAUACAUCAGUCCCGAUGCCGAGCUUACCAAGGAGCUACCAGUAGAUAUAGAACGCAUGGAUUUAGUACAUUUGAGAAUUAGAUCUAUGGAGGAUCUGGAUCUAUACCGUUUUACAAAGCUCAAAGAACUAUGCCUGAGGCAGAAUUUGAUAGAAAGCAUGUCAGAAGUGGACGUGCUACCCGCUUGCAUUGAAGACAUUGAUCUAUAUGACAACAAGAUCAAGCAUAUCUCGAGCAAUGUUAAUAAGUUAACCAAUUUGACGAAUUUGGAUCUUUCUUUCAAUAAGAUUAAACACAUUAAGAAUUUGGAGCGGCUGGUCAAACUCGAGAAUUUGUAUUUUGUGCAAAACAAGAUAUCAAAGAUUGAGAACCUUGGCACACUAACGAAACUUAAAAAUUUAGAAUUAGGCGGAAACAAGAUCGAAACGAUUGGACCCAACUCUUUUGAAGGUCUUGGGAAUUUACAGGAAAUUUGGCUUGGGAAAAACUCGAUUUCUCGGCUCAACAAUCUUCAGCAUCUCAAGAGCUUGCGGAUUCUCUCAAUUCAGUCUAAUAGACUGAAAACCAUUGAAGGUCUCGAAACUUUAGAGAACUUGGAAGAGCUGUAUUUGUCUCACAAUUUCAUCAGAAAAAUCGAAGGUCUAGAAAAGAAUCGAAAGCUUACAACCUUGGACAUUACAUCAAAUAAGUUGACCAAAGUCGAAAAUUUAAAGCACCUAACGAAUUUAACCGAUCUCUGGCUAUCAUUCAAUCAAAUUGACCAGUCGUUCGAAUCACUUGGCGAAGAGCUUCGAGAAUUGCCAAUGUUCGAAACCAUUUAUUUGGAAGGUAAUCCCAUUCAGACUCAGAAUGAAACGGCUUAUCGUCGGAAGCUCGUACUCAACCUGGGCCCCAGCUUACAAAAAAUCGAUGCUACGUAUAUCAGAGGCUAG